AAAAGAAGAAGCUUUCAUCUGCAAACAAGAAACUAAACAACCCCUUCAAUCCUUUUAAUAUAUAUACUUCUACUACUGCUUCAACUUGUGUGGUCUCUCUAGCUCCAUCUACCUCUUCUUCUUCACUUUGCAUGUGCUACUUUUUUUUAGUGUUUUAAGACCUCUUUUAGUCCUCGAAGCAACUUACACUCCAAAACUACAUUCUUUAACGAGCAUAUAGAUUUGCUUUUCUCAUCACAUUCUGCUUUGGUCCAUGAUAUGGGGUCUUUAUCAUCAAAUGGCUAAUAAACUUCAAUUUGUGCAAGUUUCUUUUUCGAGUUUUACUGGUAGCGAGUUGUGAGUAGCACAUACUAGUUGAAGAUUUGAAAAAAACCAACUUUGAGGCACGAGAAGGCAAGGGGAGGAAUAUAUAUACAAUGGCACCAGAAAAUAACUGGCUAUCAUUUUCACUCUCCUCAAUGGAAAUGCUGAGCUCUUCUGCUUCUCAACCUCAGAUGCUUCAGUCCACCAUGAAACUCGCUCCUUUUGAUGCUGAUUCUCAGCAACAUUACUACUACUCCGAUCACUUCUACACCAACGGGUGGCAAAACGCAAAGCCUGAAGAAGUCACAGAACAAAGCAACAUGAAUGUUUAUACCACCUUUCUAGACCAAAAUCAGGCACCACCAAAGCUAGAAGAUUUUCUAGGUGGUGACUCAACUGAGACUCAAGACUCGUCCUUGACUCAUAUCUCGGCUUCUGCUGCAGCAGCAGCUUACUUCAACGAUCAUCACCAUCAAGAUCUCAAAAACAUAACUGGGUUUCAGGCCUUUUCGACUAACUCGGGCUCAGAGGUUGAUGACUCGGCCUCUGUGGCGAGAACCCAAGUCAUGUGUGCUGAGUUCACCGGCCAGUCUAUUGAGUCGGGCACCGAGUUGGCCUAUCCCCAGUGCCCCACCGGAGCUCUGUCUUUGGGUGUGAAUGCCCAGAACCCUCCUGAUCAGAAAGCCAUUGUCGCUGUUGAUUCCCAGAGUUGUAAGAAAAUUACUGAUACUUUCGGUCAAAGGACUUCAAUCUAUAGAGGCGUUACUAGACACAGAUGGACAGGAAGAUACGAAGCGCAUCUCUGGGAUAACAGCUGUAGGAGGGAGGGCCAAGCCAGAAAAGGGCGUCAAGUUUACUUGGGUGGAUAUGACAAGGAAGAAAAGGCAGCAAGAGCUUAUGACUUAGCAGCCCUAAAAUACUGGGGUCCCACUGCCACCACCAAUUUCCCUGUUUCCAACUAUAGCAAAGAACUCGAGGAAAUGAAGCAUGUCACCAAACAAGAGUUCAUUGCCUCACUGAGAAGAAAAAGUAGUGGUUUCUCCCGUGGCGCAUCCAUAUACCGGGGCGUAACAAGGCAUCAUCAACAGGGUCGCUGGCAAGCUAGGAUAGGUCGCGUUGCAGGGAACAAAGAUUUGUAUCUUGGGACAUUUGCUACUGAGGAGGAAGCUGCAGAGGCAUAUGACAUAGCAGCAAUCAAGUUUAGGGGGAUGAAUGCAGUGACUAACUUUGAGAUGAACCGAUAUGACGUUGAAGCAAUCAUGAAGAGUGCUCUUCCCAUUGGUGGUGCGGCAAAGCGCUUGAAACUCUCUCUGGAAUCUGAACAGAAACCAUCCAUCAGCAACGAUCAGCAGACUCAAUGCAGCAGCAACGGCAGCAACACUAUCAACUUUGCUGCAUUUCAGCCAAUUUCUUCAGUUCCUUGCGGAGUGCCAUUUGAUAACACCCCACCACCUUAUUAUCAUCACAAUCUAUUCCACCAAAUCAGCUCCAAUAAUACUGCUGGUACUCCUGAUACUACUGGCCCUAUCUCCAUGAUAACUCCAGUGCCUCUACUCCCAUCACCGGCUGAGUUUUUCCUCUGGCCUCACCAGUCCUAUUGACAUAAUCACAAGCUGGUUUACGCUUUCGGCGUAAUUCUAUGAACCUCCUAAUGUUCUUAGCUCUAUUAGCUGUCGUCCCUGGUAUUUAUCUUAAAGCUGACCCUUCUCGUCUGACCCUACCUCUAAGACAUAUUAGCAUAGAUUUAACCAUGGCAUGGCUGGGAUAUGUGCUCGUAUGAAUGAAUCGACGGAUAAAGGUUUAGUUUUCUAGGUAGAAGAAGUUAAAACUUGUAAUUAUCUUUGACAGCUGAAUCAGACCUUGCUGUUGCUGGUUUAAUGGCGGUAUUGGAGCACUCGUUGUGGAAAAAUUUUGACUUCCCCAGAUUUCCAUGUUUUUGAGUAGCUCCUCCUGUAUCAAAUCAGUUUUGCUGAACGGUCCAGAACUAACAAAAUAUGAAAAUCAUACAAACA